AUGGCGCCUCCUCGCAAGGUGCGGACCGCUGCUGAAGAAGCGAAUCGCAGAGCUACGCGCGCCGCUGCGGCCAGGCAACGUCGGGCACAACAGACCGCUGCACAGAGAGAAGCGCAAGCCGCAGGUCGCCGUCGACGCCGGGCGGACAGUUCGGUUCGUUCUCGAGAAAACGACGCCAAGAGACUUCGCCGCGAAAACCCCGAAAACCGUGCUGUUGAAAACGUUGCCCGCCAGCUUCGCCGCGCAAACCCUCAGGUCCGUGCUGCCGAGAAUUUGGCUAGGCAGCUUCGCCGCGCAACACCUCAGGCGCGUGCUGCCGAAAAUGCGGCCCGGGACAAUCGCCGCGCAGACCCGGAGGUGCGUGCAGCGGAGAGUGAGGCCCGGCGACAUCGCCGCGCCGACCCGCAGGUGCGUGCAGCGGAGAACGAGGCCCGGGAACUUCGCCGCUCCGACCCGGAGGUUCGUGCAGCGGAGAACGAGGCCCGAGAACUUCGCCUCGCCGACCCGGAGGUUCGUGCAGCGGAGAACGGGGCCCGAGAAAUUCGCCGCUCCGACCCGGAGGUUCGUGCAGCGGAGAACGAGGCCCGAGAACUUCGCCUCGCCGACCCGGAGGUUCGUGCAGCGGAGAACGGGGCCCGAGAAAUUCGCCGCUCCGACCCGGAGGUUCGUGCAGCGGAGAACGAGGCCCGAGAACUUCGCCUCGCCGACCCGGAGGUUCGUGCAGCGGAGAACGGGGCCCGAGAAAUUCGCCGCUCCGACCCGGAGGUUCGUGCAGCGGAGAACGAGGCCCGAGAACUUCGCCGCUCCGACCCGGAGGUUCGUGCAGCGGAGAACGAGGCCCGAGAACUUCGCCGCUCAGACCCGGAGGUUCGUGCAGCGGAGAACGAGGCCCGAGAACUUCGCCGCUCCGACCCGGAAGUUCGUUGUUACGGGGGAUUUCAAUGUGAACACAAAGGAUCCCCACAACGCCUGGUUCACACACUGCGUGCAAGUGGACCUCGCCAUGACCUUUGCAUCGAAUACUAA